UAAAUGGUGAGUCACAGAAGCUUUAAUUUAACAAUACAAGAUAUUCACAAUAAAUAAAAGCUUUUAUUUCUUUUAAUCAAAAUACCGGAAGUCCCGUACCCCCGUUAGCGCUGGUCAGGCCCAGUCAAAACAAUGCAGCUUAGCUGGCCUGCUGCGUUCCGCUCCUUCUAAACGGCCGUUAAAUGAACCGUUAGCUCCGUAGUAACCGUUAAAACACCGGGCGGUGAAUUAACGGCUGUUUUUUAUUGUCCCGGAGCUGCUGCCACCGCGUCGAGGCUCGCUCCGCGCGACGCUGUUUUAUUUGUGUUGUUCUGGUGGUGGUUGUUGUUGUUGUGUUUUCUCGGUGACGGUUGAUAAUGGAGGCGGGUAAGAAAAUUAAAUUAAAUUAAGAGAAAGUAGAGAGGGCGUCGGCGGAUAUUUAAAGAACCUCCCGGCCGCGCGCUCUGGUAUCACCGUGGAGUGAGGCGCGCGUUCGCGAGGUUCUGACGCUCGCGUGCUCCGACCGACGGGAGAAAAUGGAGCCGGAGAAGAACAUUGAAUACAAGUGAGCGGCGGCGGAUCUUUAAAGAACCUCCCGGUCGCGCGCUCCAGUACCAUGGUGUAGUAACCGCGUGUUCGCCGGGUUCUGACGCUCGCGGGGUUCUUUUGACGCUUGCGUCGUUUUGACGCCCGCGCGGUUUUGACCCUCCCGCUGGUCCGGCUUCUCGCCGCCAUGGCCCCGGGCUCGCUGGUGGCGGCCUGCCGCAGCCUGGCCCUCUCCACGUGGCUGCUCUCCUUCUGCUUCGUGCACCUGCUGUGCCUGGACUUCACCGUGGCCGAGCGCGAGGAGUGGUACACCGCCUUCGUGAACAUCACCUACGUGGACCCCGCCACCUCGGAGCUGCGCACCGAGAAGACGGAGUGCGGUCGCUACGGGGAGCACUCGCCGAAGCGCGACGCCAAGGGGGUCGCGGUGCUGCCCGCGGCGCUGCACGACCGCCAAGCCUGCGACCCCAACGUGCGCUUCGCGGUGCCCGCGCACGCCGCCGCCUGGGUGGCGCUGGUCGCCCGAGGAAACUGCACCUACAGGGACAAGGUCCGCUACGCGGCGGCCCACAACGCGUCCGCGGUGGUGGUGUUCAACGUGGGGGCGGCGAACCCCAACGAAACCAUCACGAUGCCCCAUACAGGUUCCGGCGAGGUGGUCUCCAUCAUGAUCCCUGAGCCGAAAGGUCGCGAGGUCGCGUCCCUGCUGGAUCGCAACGUGACGGUGACCCUGACGAUCACCAUCGGGACGAGGAACCUGCAGAAGUACGUGAGCCGGACGUCGGUGGUGUUCGUGUCCAUCUCCUUCAUCGUGCUGAUGAUCAUCUCUCUGGCCUGGCUCGUCUUCUACUACAUCCAGAGGUUCAGAUACGCCAACGCCCGAGACAGGAACCAGCGUCGUCUUGGCGAUGCGGCGAAGAAGGCCAUCAGCAAGCUGCAGGUCCGCACCAUCAGGAAGGGCGACCAGGAGACGGAGGCCGACUUCGACAACUGUGCCGUCUGCAUCGAGGGCUACAAGGCCAACGACGUGGUCCGCGUCCUGCCCUGCAGACACUUGUUCCAUAAGAGCUGCGUGGAUCCGUGGCUGCUGGACCACCGCACGUGUCCCAUGUGCAAGAUGAACAUCCUCAAAGCCCUCGGCAUCGCUCUGAACGCAGACUGCCUGGACGACCUGCCGCUGGACUACGACCUGGCCCUGGGCGGCGUGGGAGGGGGCGGGGCCCUGGCCCUGGAGGCCGUGGCGUCCGGGGCGUCCAGCGACGGCACGCUGAGCGAGGGCGACUCCUCGGUGGUGCUGGACCCCGGCGUGCGGCGAGUGGGGCUCCCUCAGGACUACCAGGACCCCGACACCCUGAGAGACAGCCCCAUGACGGCCACCACGGACACACACACGGGUGAACUGCAGCCGAUGGCGAGCAGCGCCUCGGUGGCGUCCUUGGUCAUCACCGUAGAAACGGGUCUCUCAGACGAGGAGGGCUCCGUGGAACCGUGUCAGCUGGGAGACACGUCCUGAGAGUAGCCCAACAGAACCCGACCAGAACCCCUGACCCCCACCCGCCGCCCCCCUACCACCACCACCCCACCAACGGGCCGAAAACAGACUCCGUUCAGGUUCGGACCUGAAGCUCCGGAGAACGACCCGUCUGAUACAGAACUCAGCUGGACCAAACCAUCUUGUCUGGACCCCAGGGGGGACUCCAAGUCUAGACUGAUGGUGUUGCACAUAGUGGACUUAAGUUAGUUUAAGGUGUUGGUUUUUUAUCUGGACUCCAGGAUUUGGAGGUUGGAACCAGGACCGAACCUGGUCUAACGUGGGUGUUGACCCCGGUCUUACUAACAGGGCUCUUCCAGCGUUACACCGGGAUGUAACUUAGUCCACCUGUCUGUUACCCGUCGGUCACUGAACCAGAGCGACAAAGACCUGACUUGGACUCGAACCGAGUCGUCUGCCAAAGCAGGAAUCUAGAAUUCUCUGCGUAUUGCGUUCCCCGUUCUUCCCUCUUGGACCUUUCCUGCACAACGGGUAAACUGGACCUGAGGGUGGUCCAAAAUCAGGGCUGCUCACUUCCUGGUGGUGGUCUGGGUUCCCGGGAGGUUUACUCUCUGGUUGAAAGGUGCUGUUUCUGUGAUGACACGCUUUCCAUUGCAGCUCUGCUUGGGUUUGUGUCUUCUUCUGGUGUUUGGACUCGUGGUGGCGGUAUUUACACCGCAACCACGAGCAGUGUUUUAGUAGUUCGGUAUAACUCGAGGCUCCUUUCAUCUUUCACCCUAAUCGCAGUAUUUUGGUUUGGAUGCUUUCUGUCGUCGGUCCUGGUUCCAAACAGCCGUACGGGACGUUACCGCCACCACCCUGAGGCGUGUCCAUUACCGCCACCACCCUGAGGCGUGUCCAUUACCGCCACCACCCUGAAGCGUGACCAUUACCGCCACCACCCUGAGGCGUGUCCAUUACCGCCACCACCCUGAGGCGUGUCCAUUACCGCCACCACCCUGAAGCGUGUCCAUUACCGCCACCACCCUGAGGCGUGUCCAUUACCGCCACCACCGUGACGCAUGUCCAUUACCGCCACCACCCUGAGGCGUGUCCAUUACCGCCACCACCCUGAAGCGUGUCCAUUACCGCCGCCACCCUGAGGCGUGUCCAUUACCGCCACCACCCUGAGGCGUGUCCAUUACCGCCACCACCUUGAGGCGUGUCCAUUACCGCCACCACCUUGAGGCGUGUCCAUUACCGCCACCACCUUGAGGCGUGUCCAUUACCGCCACCACCUUGAGGCGUGUCCAUUACCGCCACCACCGUGACGCGUGUCCAUUACCGCCACCACCCUGAGGCGUGUCCAUUACCGCCACCACCGUGACGCGUGUCCAUUACCGCCACCACCCUGAGGCGUGUCCAUUACCGCCGCCACCGUGACGCGUGUCCAUUACCGCCACCACCCUGAGGCGUGUCCAUUACCGCCACCACCCUGAGGCGUAUCCAUUACCGCCACCACCCUGAGGCGUGUCCAUUACCGCCACCACCCUGAGGCGUGUCCAUUACCGCCACCACCCUGAGGCGUGUCCAUUACCGCCACCACCCUGAGGCGUGUCCAUUACCGCCACCACCCUGAGGCGUGUCCAUUACCGCCACCACCCUGAGGCGUGUCCAUUACCGCCACCACCCUGAGGCGUGUCCAUUACCGCCACCACCCUGAGGCGUGUCCAUUACCGCCACCACCCUGAGGCGUGUCCAUUACCGCCACCACCCUGAGGCGUGUCCAUGGCCUCAUGAUGCCUUUAAAAAAACACCUUUACCUUCAACCCCAACAAUCAAGGAUCGACUCUCUCGCUAGUCUAGCAUCUUUUCUCCGAUCUUCAGCAAACCCAAGAUGCGUUCUUCUUAACCCGCCUUCACAAGAAGCGUCGGGUGCAGUGACCGUACCCCCCCACCCCACCCCCCUAACCCCCAAGCUUGGAAAUUCAAACGCCAAACAAGCUGUGAAAGACGACAGAGCGGCGGCGUCCCGAGGUCGUAAGCAGUACGUCCUUCUCCGGCUCCAGUGAGCUUAGUGGUCUCUGGAUGCCGGGCCAUGUAAAUACAAAAUGUAUAUUCCACGUGUUCGCCGCGCGGCGUCACGCUCCGUUUGCCAAACGGGAGCCGAGAGAGAUAAAGACCGUCGUCUAUUUUGAUACCAGAGGAGACGUUUUUAUUUUUGUAAUGAAGACUCCGAGCAGCGAAGACUGAGCCCCCGCCACGCGUGGCCCUUGGCGUGGCCCUUGGCGUGACCCUUGGCGUGACCCUUGGCGUGAUCCAGUAUUUUAGUGUCGAUCGUUUGUGUACUUGUACAUGCUAACAGUACGCAAAGGACUUUUUAAACUUUCGUAAGUUUAAAGGUCCGAGAACGUGUUUCAACUGGCCUCCGAAAUAAGAAAACCCACCACACGCCAUCAUAGGAUUUGUAGUUCAAGUAAGUGUGAAUAAUUACCUGGAAAUAUUAUUUUUUUUUUUGCGAUAAUUGCGUAGAAUUCAAAUGGUACCAACAUUUCAAGAGUGAGAAACCGACUUUUUAGAAUGUCUUCUUCCUACGUUGUCAGAAACCAAGUAUAUAAUAACAAACACUGGUUCAUCUACAAACACUCGAAUUAGCUUUAACAUAUAAAGAUGGUGGACGUGUUGAAUAAAAAGUCACUUCCAUUGUGCUGUAAGCUUUAUUUUUUAAGGCAUUUAACCGAGAAUGUUUAUUUUUUCCAUUUGCACAUUUUGUUUCAUUCUUAGUUUUUUUUUUUUUUUAUAUAUAUAUAUAUACUUUUUUUCUUCUUUUUUUUGUGACUGCAUCUCUGCUGCCACGAUAGUGAAGAUGAAUUUGAUCCUCUCGUCCUUCCAGUCGAGGCCGAGGCUGCUGUGGCACGUCGGUCCUCCAGAUACCGAAAUGUGUUUGUGGCAAAGUUGAAAAAACGUGUGAAUGUUUUGCGAGAUUAAAAAAAGUAGAAAAAAGUUUCUACUUUUUGCUUUGACAUCGAAACCCAGCGGGCUUCAAAUGUAUUGAUCGUUUUUACCUAAAUAUUUUUUCCCACAAGCAAAUGUGUCGAUUAAAUAAUCGGGACCCUCGUGUCACUGCCAGUAAUGACGUCUGAUUGGCUCCCUGGAGGCUGUGUUUUUAUUGGUUGCUCCGCCUCUUUUUGUUGGUGCACUUUAAUUCUGUUUCUCUGGAAGGAUCUGGAAAAGUUUCUCCCCCCAUGUGCUUUACAUUUUCUUUAAUUUCUUGUCUUUCCCUCAACAUUUCUGGGCACAUUUGGGUAAAUUGUAGGAUUGUUUUGUGAGAUUGUGUGUUGAUAUUUUGUGGAUUGAAAACUGGAAUAUGUCCAGAUUAAUCUGCUCUGUUUGCGGACCAACUGCCAUAUAUUUUUGCCAUUAACCGUAAUUUGUGUUAUUUCUGGAUCUCUAUCCUGAAAACGAGCAAAUCACGUAAUCCCACUGGGAUUUGGGACUUGUUUUUAUUUUAUUUUUUAUCUUAAACAUGACAACGGUGUUGAAAACGUAACCUGAAGAAUAUAUUUUCUUUUUUUUUUUAAGCAACACACAUUUCCGAUCCCUCCAGAGAAACUGGGAAAGUUGAUCCGCCGCGUCCGCCGCCGUGGAAACGUGGCGUGAAGCGCCGUCGUGGUCGUUGUGUGUUUCUACGAUAUUAAUGGUUUUACGGGGACGUCCGUUUGUGUGGUUGUCCUGUGCACGCAAACACAAAAAUACCUACGCGCACACCUGUAAAUACGAGGCGGCGUGACGCCAUGUUGUUUCUGUGUUUCAGUUGUUGCACGUGUUCUGAUUCGGGACAGAAUUUAAAUAAAAUUUCAAUUCAAA